AUGGCGACCGUCGGCCUGCUUCGUCCUAACGGACCGGUUCCUGCUGCGCCCCAGGCGCCCGAGCAGCCUACCGAGCUCCCCCGGCCUUACAAGUGCACCAUGUGCGACAAGGCCUUCCACCGCCUCGAGCAUCAGACCCGUCACAUCCGCACCCACACUGGCGAGAAGCCCCAUGCUUGCCAGUUCCCUGGUUGCAGCAAGCGCUUCUCUCGUUCCGAUGAGCUCACCCGUCACUCGAGGAUACACAGCAACCCUAACUCGCGUCGGGGCAACAAGGGCCAGGUGCAGCACCAGAUGAUGCACCGCAUGCAGCCCGAUGUCAUGCCCCCGCCGCCGGCUCCUAAGAUGAUUCGCUCGGCGCCUUCGACAGCCUUGUCGUCGCCGAACGUCUCACCGCCGCACUUCAGCACUUACACUCUGCCCCCUCCUCCGCCGUCCAUGCUGAGCCCGUACAACCGCAACGCCCUGGGAAGCCAGAGCGGGCCUGACAUGCCCAUGCUUGCCCGCGCUGCAGGUCAGCUCGAGCGUGAUUCUAUGAUCAGCCCACAUCACUACCCGCCAUCGACUUCAGCCGCAAGGCACCACGCGUCUCCCUACUACAACAGUAGCUCAUUGCACUCUCGGCCAAAUCCACUCCCUGGGCUCGGCGCCUAUCACAUGUCUCGCACGCACGCGGCUGAUGACCACGACGACCACUAUGGCCCUCACGCUUACCGCCAGCCCAAGCGCUCGAGGCCUAACUCUCCCAACUCGACCGCCCCGUCGUCCCCGACCUUCUCCCAUAACUCCCUCUCCCCGACUCCUGAUCACACCCCGCUGGCUACGCCGGCUCACUCCCCGCGGUUGCGCCCCUUCAGCGGCAUCGAGCUGCCUCCCUUCCGCAACCUUAGCCUACAAGGGCACACCACGCCUGCCCUGGCUCCUCUCGAGCCCCAGCCAGAUGGCCAUCGCGACCCUCCUGCGCCCUUGCUCCCUCCUCCGUCGGUCUCGCUAUCUACUACAUCGACCCCCUCGUCGAGGAGUAACGGCAUCUCGCUGAGCGACAUCCUCAGCCAGCCUGAUGGGUCCCAGCGUAAGCUGCCCGUGCCCAAGGUUGCGGUACACGACCUAUUAGGUCCUAGUGACCACUUUCCGAUGCCGGGGAGUGGCAGGAGCUCCGCCGCUGGCAGUGUAGCGGGGCCAGAUUUGUAUGACCGCAUUUAA